AACAAAGCCAUUCCUAAGCCAACAUUCACCUCAGCAAACCGAACAUCGCAUUGGAUAGCUGCACCAAGAUCCACAGCAUGCGAUGAACGGCACACCUCGUCUUCGCUCCGGCGCCUUUCCCUCGACGCCGCAGUCGACGCGGCGCAACAACCUUACUCCUCAGAAGCUCCCAGACAUCACCCAGCUCAGAGCUGCUGCCCCGGCACGACAGCAACCUCAGGACAAUGACGGUCCUCUGAUACCUGUCGAGACACUGGACGCGCCAACACAACGACUCUAUGUGGUGGGCUUCUACCUGGCGCUGGUGGGAUGGAAGAUGUACGACCACUUCUACCUGAAAGAGGAGGAGACCGAGUCGCUAUGGCUGUUUAUGAAAUGGGUCGCCUUUGAUGGUAUCUUCCUGUUCGGCUUGCCCGAGUUGCGCAUUCCCUGGCUCGAGUGGUCGUCAGCGACAAUGCUGCUUCUCUUCCUAGCCCACGCCAUGCUGGACGCCAUCCUCAUGUUCCGCAUUCAGCUUCCUGUCGGCGCUGGUUUCGCUGCUAUUGGCAAAAUCUUCUACGACCGCGAACUCGGUGUAUCCGGCCACCAUGUCAAGCAGUCCAGCAUUCUGCACAACUCGUCCUUGAUUCUCGGAAAGCAAAUCAUUCACAUCCUGCCAGAGGGUUCUGCCAUCCUGAACCCGGCCAAAACCUCCUUCUGUCUCAGCUCGACGAACCAACAAGUCUACCUCCCAAUUCAAAUCAACCAGACCACCCCGGUGAGCAUCGACUUGCUCCGAUACGAAUUCGAUGGCGCCACCAACGAGACCAUCCACAUCUCGGGCAAAGAAAUAAAGAAGAUGAUGAAGGACGCCGCUAGAUCCGCCUCACACCCUCCUUCCAACCAGCCUUUGCUCUUGCAAUACCCUGCCAAGAAGACUGGUAGGUAUUUGUUAGCCAAGGUUAUGGAUGAGUCCAAGCUAGAAGUACAAAGAAAGCGCAUCGGCGACACCAUCAUUGUCACUUGUCCACAAGCCGUCAUCAAAUCCACAACACCUGAUGCUUGCAAGGGCGACUUGUCAAGCAUUGAUCUCGAGGUUACCGGAACUCCUCCUCUGCGUAUCAAGUACCGCAAGAUUACCAAUCAGAGAGAGCAGGAGGCCCAUUUCCAGAGCAUCCAACCCGAUGACUUUGUUUCUCCUCUGAUUCAGCAGUCCUCGGAUGCUCUGGCCAUUAGGAACACCAAGGAUAUCUCCUGGGCCCGCGCUCAAACAGUCACUGUUCCUCUCAGAGAACACAUGGGAGAGAGCGGCAAAUGGGUCUACUCUAUGGACGAGGUUGAAGAUGCUUUUGGAAAUAUCGUAUCAUACACUGAGCGUCAGCAUGACGACCAGGAGAAGCCUUCAGCAAAGGCCGCACAUCUUCAUCAAGUCGUGACGGUGCACGAACGGCCCCUUGUUGUCAUGAGAGGCUGCGAUUCGCAGCAUCCACUCAAGGUUGCCAAAGGUCAGCCUACUGCUCUUCCUGUUCAGUAUGGUUCCACGGCGGCCAAGGGUACCGGCGGUUUCCUUAACACUCCUUACAACCUCGAGUACAUCUUCACCCCCGAAGGCCAACUCCGGGCCAACGGAGAUCACAGUGAUGCAGCUCAGACCAAGUCAAUUUCUAUCAAGAAUCAGGCGCAAAGACCAACCGUUCAAGACGCUGGUCUUUACACCUUGCACAAGGUGUCUACGGACAUCUGUAGUGGUGAAGUCUUGGAGCCUGCAUCUUGUUUGCUGCAGAACCCUGCGGAGCCAAGCCUUCGUAUCGACAAAGAAGAAAUCUUUGACAAAUGUGCCAACAAACCCAUUGGUCUGCGUGUCGACUUCCAUCUCACCGGAACACCUCCGUUCAAGAUUCAUUACCAGAUCACAAAGAAGGAUAGUCCCCAUCAUGUGACACAUAUUGAGACAGUCAACGGUUUGCGUGGACAAAUUGAGUUGACCCCUCCUACUGCCGGUCACUACACAUACAGAUUUUUCGAGAUCAGCGAUGAUGUCUACAAGCUAUACCCGCUCAAAGGAGAUGACAUGGUCAUCGAGCAAGAUGUCAAACCCUCUGCUUCUGCGAACUUCAUGGAAUCAACGCCAUCUCGCAAGGUUUGCAUCGAUCAGCCAGUCUCUUUCGAAAUUGCACUUCGUGGACAAGGACCAUUCACGGUCGAGUACGAACUUGUUCGUGGUAGCAACAGAAAACGCCACACCCGCAAAGAUAUCGAUGGCGAGCAGUUCACCAUCAGCACCGAUCCUCUCACCAAGGGUGGCGAUUACACUCUUGCGUUGGCCAGUGUGACUGAUAUAAUGGGUUGCAAGGAGUUUUUGAAGCAAGAAGCUAAGAUUAACGUCCGUCACCAGAGACCAAAGGCCUCUUUCGGACAAAUUGAAGGCACACGCGCUAUCAAGACUCUGCAAGGGAAGACAAUGAGACUGCCUCUUAAGCUUACUGGAGAAGCACCUUGGAGUGUCGUCUACCGUAAUCUUCGUGACCCGGAGCGCUCGCUCACGGCCAGACUGGACUCACCUAACAGUGACUUCGCAACUGCUCAAGAAGGCACAUACGAGCUCCUCCAAGUGCACGACGCUAUUUGUCCUGGUGCUGUCGACGAAAAUGCCAAGAAAUUCAGCGUCGACUGGAUCGAGCGUCCGCAUCUGAGAAUACCCGAGGCAUCGUUUGACAGGAUUGAAGGCGGAAAGUACAUCAAGAACGACGUUUGCGAGGGCGAGGAAGAUUUGGUGAACGUUCACUUUUCUGGUGCUCCUCCAUUCCAGUACAAGUACGAUGAAAACAUCGUGUCCGAGCGUGGUGCCAAAUCGAAGCGCAGCAAGGCUAUCACUGCCGCACUUGGUGUCUCGUCUAUCAACCUUGACACCUCGCAAGCUGGUGUGAUCGAUUAUGUCUUCACUGAGCUCGCCGAUGACAACUACGACCACAGCUCCAAGCACUUCACUCCUGUCACCAUCCAACAACGUGUCAAUGCUCGUCCUUCUGCCAAGUUCACUAAUCCCGGCCGAACAUACAGCUACUGCUCCGUGGAGUCUGCUGGUGAGGAGGUCAUCCCCAUUACUCUGGAGGGCCAGCCUCCGUUCACGAUUGAUGUCGAAAUCAAGCACCAUGGAUCAGCCCGCCCUGAACUGUUCUACGUCAAGGACAUCCAAAAGAACACUCAUGACUUGCGCGUCCCUCACCAGUCGUUGCAUCUCGGUAACUCUGCUGUAUCUAUUCGCAGAGUCACUGACAGCCGUGGCUGCAGUCGCAUUGUAGAUGCAACUUCACCCAGAGUCCAGAUCUCAGUCCACGAUGCUCCUACAAUUCGCGCUCUCGAGAACCAGGAAGACUUCUGUGUCGGCGAUCGCAUUUCCUUCGCAUUGUCCGGUCAAGCUCCUUUCCAGGUCUACUACGAGUUUAACGGUGUGGCCCGCAAAGCUAGCUCAGGCAGCACGACCUUCAAGCGUUUGGCAGAGAAGCCUGGAUCGUUCGUCAUCACCGGCGUCAGCGACUCCGGCUCCUCCUGUCGCGCUUCUACCCGUAUUGAGAAGAAAAUUCACGGUAUGCCAUCAGUGCGCGUGGGCAAGGGUGUUGAAUCUCAAGUAGACAUUCACGAGGGUGGUGAGGCCGAGAUCACCUUCGACUUUGGCGGCACAUCACCCUUCGAGUUUACAUGGACACGCAGCACAAACGCUCGUCGUGGACAAAGGUCUGAGGUGUUGGAGAUGAGAAGCGAGAUGUCUCAUGAACACCACAUGCAAAUCCGGGCCAGCGAAGAAGGCACUUACGAAGUCGUAUCUAUCAAGGAUAGAUACUGUGCCUAUGCCAAAGAGGGCAUUGAUUUGACGAAGAAGAAGGGCAAGCUGCUUACAUACUGAGCGUUGUGUUUUUUCUCGCAUCCCUUCUACAUGUACAGUAUAUACCUUUGUUCUCUUCUUCCUUUUUGCAUUUUUGGCGGGUAAAAUCAAAAUAACGACACUUCUUUUUCUCUCCAAAUCGUUUGUCCAGUUGCGUGCCGCAAGGUUUGUGAUUUGCAAUGUUUAGCGCUCAUGUUUUCUAGCAUGCAAGGUUUGAGAAGCUACGUGCCGAUCGAGCAGGAGCUUCAACAAGUCCUGCGGUCAUCAGAGGAAUAUAAGCCUGACGAGGAGGGAGAGGGAUUGGGGGUUGCUAGGUUAGAGCAAAGGAUAGGGAGGAAAGGGCAAGUUCAAGCGAAAUUGGCUGCACCUUCCUAGUGUCGUGGCACUU